AUGGAGAGAGAACUUUUGAAAGAUGAAGCUCUCAAGCAGGCAAAGAUUUUGAAUCUGGCCUCGCCAUAUGACGAGCCGCAAUGGGCCGUGGCUAUUUCUCUAGCCAAGCCAGCGGACCGCCUCGAGCAGGCGGAUGUGUCCGCCGUAAUCAAGAGAGCGCGUAAAGCGCUUCGAAAGAUGAAGGAUUAUGGCCCGAGCGGACGCUUCCCUAUUCCCAAAAGAUGGACUGUUCUCAACGAGCUUCCCAUCACCUCUAAGGGCCAAGUCGAUGAAAAGGCCCUCUAUCGACUCUUGAACACGUGGGAUUCAACGGAAUCUGACCUCUCGCCAAGAGAGAAGAGAGCCCGCAUCGCCGCAGAAGCAGUGCGCGCUGACUCUCACCAGAGUUCCGAAGCCGAUAUUCUUCCCCAAGAAACAGAGCUUGUUCUCCGAGAACUCUGGAGCCGAGUUCUCAAUAUUGAGCCUCAGGAUAUCAGCUUGAAAGACAGCUUUUUGAGCCUUGGAGGAGACUCGAUUAUUGCCAUCGAGCUUGUUGCAUUAGCUGAAAAGUAUGGAAUUGGCCUCACAGCUGUUACGAUAGUUCGCAAUCCUGUCCUUACGAAGAUGGCUGCUGUGGCGGCCUUGGAUGAGAUCAAUCACGCGGCAUACGACGUUGAGCUUUUGAGCCUAUUGCCUCAGGCAGAAGUUGAUACAAUUUUGGAGGAAAUUAGAGCCAAGUGCGAAUUGACUGAUGAAAACACCAUUCGGGAUGCUUUUCCCUGCACGGCGCUCCAAGCUGGUAUCAUGGCUCUGGCAGAGAAACAGCCCGGAUCGUACAUGACGAGGCAGAUAUACGAGCUGCCAAGCCAUGUUGAUGUUCCGCGAUUCAAAAUGGCAUGGGAAAAGACAGUAGAACGCUGCGAUAACCUGCGGACUAGACUUCUGCCGGUAAAUGGCCAGACGAUCCAGGCAGUGAUCGAGGGCAAUGCCACAUGGGAGGAAACAGCUGGCGAAACAAUGGAUUCCUUUGUGUCCAAGGCCAAGGAAAUUACCAUGACAUAUGGGUCUCGCUUGUGUCGAUACGCGUUGGUCCACAAUGCAGAUGGGAAAUCCUAUUUUGUCUGGAUCAUUCACCACGCGAUUUUUGAUGGAUUGAGUGCCCGCCUCACUCUUGAUAUACUGUAUCAGCUAUAUUAUGGCCAGGAAGCGAGUGCUUUGCGGCCGUAUUCGGGCUUCAUCAAGUAUACCCAGUCCAUUGACCAAGAUGCUGCGAGCGCCUUUUGGAAGAAACAGCUGCAGGACGCUCAUCGAGCCAACUUUCCUCGGAUUUUCAAUUCGAAGUCUAAUAUUGCUGGUCGUGUCGUGACAAAGGAGAUUCCUUUUCCACAUAUCGCGGGAAUGUCUAUUACAAAAGCAACGGUAUUACGAGCUGCCUGGGCCAUUGUUUUGGGUCGGUACUGCGACACAGAUGAUGUUUGCUUUGGCACUACUGUUUCCGGGAGACAAGCCCCUGUCCCGGGAAUCAAUCAUAUGGCUGGGCCUAUUAUUGCAACGGCGCCCAUUCGAGUCCGCCUCAUGCGCGACGAAUCUGUCAACACGUUCUUGCAAGAUGUCCAGACGCAGGCGUCUGAGAUGGUUGAAUUCGAGCAAUACGGGCUUCAGAAUAUUGCAAGACUCAGUGAAGACGCAAGAGAUGCGUGUGAUUUUUCGAGUCUAUUUGUAAUUCAGCCUUCAAGGUCAUUAUCGUCCACGGCCGACUCCAAGACUGAAAAGGCGAUACUGCUACGUGGGAGCUCUGCAGAAAAGGAGUUGUCUGAUGCCUCUAUGCAGAACUACUUCAACUAUCCUCUUGUUUUGGAAACUUUUGUAGAGGAUGGUCAUGUCGACUUGCGCAUUACAUAUGACUCAAAUUCCAUUGGCAAAGGCAUAGUUGAAGCGCUAUUCCACCACUUUGACCAUGUGGUACAACAGCUUCUUCAACCGCUAAAUCAGCCGCUCUCUGCAGUUACUCUCGCGGGAAAAUGGGACUUGGAGCUUGCUAAGCAAUUCAAUAGUGAAGAGCCUGAGAUUGUGGACCUCUGCUUUCACCAGAUGGUUGAGAACCAAGCGUUAAGGCGGCCAAGUAGCGUUGCAAUCUGCGCCUGGGAUGGCACUUUCACAUAUCGUGAGAUUAGCAGGGUGUCAAAUAGGCUAGCUCACCAUCUAGUGGACAAGUAUAAUGUUCAAAAAGAGGACUUGGUUCACGUGUGUUUUGAGAAAUCGGCCUGGUACUUCAUUGCAAUCCUCGCAAUCAACAAAGCUGGAGCAGCGUGGGUUCCUCUCGACCCUUCUCACCCCGAGCAGCGGCUGAGGCAAAUCGUUUUGCAGACAAAAGCGAAGCUGGCACUGACUUCACCUGCUUGCUCGAGUCUAUGUAACGGCCUAGUAGAUUCAGUUCUUCAGGUGUGUCCAGAUUUGAACAGCCGUUUGACCGAGUGCAGUACGCGUUCUCCGAAUGUGGAUGUGUCGCCGCGAAACGCUGCGUACGUUUUAUUCACGAGUGGAAGCACAGGCACGCCGAAAGGUUUCGUGAUGGAACAUGGUUCUCUAUGUACAAGCGCAAAGGCUAUUGCAAAGAGGCUUGGCAUAACGCCUCAGGCCAGAAUGCUGCAAUUCGCUUCAUACGUUUUUGAUCUCUCAGUCCUCGAAUUCGUCCAGCCUUUGACCAAUGGAGCUUGUUGUUGCGUGCCUUCAGCAGAAACUCGCAUGGACGGCAUAGCUCAAUUCAUCAGAGACAUGAAAAUCAACUGGGCCGGUUUCACGCCGUCUUUUGCGAGGACCAUUGAUCCAUUAGAGGUUCCAAGCUUGGAAGUGUUGAUGAUCACAGGAGAGGCUUUUGAGCGCGACGUCUUCCAAACGUGGGCUGGUAGACCGGGGCUAAGAUUAAUCACUGGAUGGGGUCCUGCAGAGACCUGUGUUUGGAGCAGUAUGCGGGAGAUUAUGUCGGCGGAUGAGUCUAAUCUUGACAUCGGACGUCAAGUUGGAGGCUUUUGCUGGAUUGUUGAUCCUUCUAAUGCCCAGCAGCUGGCGCCCAUUGGAGUUGUCGGCGAAAUUGUCAUCCAAGGCCCUACAAUUACGCGCGAGUACCUGAAUGAUCCGGAAAAGACGAGCAAGGCCGUCGUUACUACGCUGCCGGACUGGGCGCCCUCUCGUGAGUCCAAGUAUUGGAAUCGAUUCUACAAAUCAGGCGACUUGGCUUACUAUAAUUCCAAUGGCACCAUGGAAUUUGUCAGUCGCAAGGACACGCAAGUGAAAAUUAAAGGUUUCCGUGUUGAAUUGGGAGAAAUCGAGCAUCACAUUCGAGAGACUUUGAACGGCGUUGCCCUGGUUGUCGUGGACAUCCUCAAGAAAGACACCAACUCUCAAUUGGUCGUGUAUUUCUCCUUUUCCAACGAGAGACGUACUCCCAGCCAGCUGAAAAAUACGAGCGAAGACAUGUUCUUUCAACUCUCAGAAGAUUUGAGGAAGAAGGUUGUGGUAAUGAUAGGCGAACUAAGUGCUCUAUUGCCACCAUAUAUGAUUCCCACUUUGUUUAUUCCAUGCCGCUUCAUGCCGGCAAACACAUCUUUGAAGCUGGAUAGAAAUUUGCUGCGCAACUUCACCCAAAGAAUGAAUCAAAACGAACUGGUUCAAUACUCACUUGGUGCCAAAGACAAGCGAAAACCGGAAACUGAAAUGGAAAUCCAUAUGCAGAAGCUCUGGUCAGAGGCACUGAGAAUCGCAACAGACAUGAUUGGACGGGAUGACAGCUUUCUUCAGAUUGGCGGUGACUCGCUGGGUGCCAUCCAUCUGGUUGCGGCUGCUCGUAAGGCCGGUUUGUCUCUGACUGUCAAAGAUAUCUUUGAUGAUCCGCGAUUGAGGGUUGUAGCUUCGAAAACGACCGUAACAAGCGCCUACUCCGAGAAGCCGGCUGAUAUCUCGCCGUUUAGUUUAUUGGGCGACUCUCUGAGCAGCGCAUUUAUCACGGACAUACUACGAUCGAAGUAUAAUCUACCGCAAAAAGUCGUCGUUGAAGAUGCAUUUCCAUGCACUUCGCUCCAACAGGGUCUUCUGGCACUCUCAGUCGCACAAUCUGGGUCCUAUGUCGCCAGACAGGUAUACAGGCUGUCUAAUGCUAUAGAUAUUGCCAAGUUUAGAUCGGCUUGGGAAAAGACUCUCUCGCUGUGCUCUAAUUUACGGACGCGGAUCGUGCCUGUUGGCGAUGUUACCGUCCAGGCAAUUAUCAAGGGAGAUGACGACUGGGAUUCAACCGACGGAUUGAGCGUCGAGGCGUAUAUUCAACGGCCUGAAAUGCUUGCAAUGGGCCACGGUACACGACUAUGUCGAUACGCUCUCAUCCAAGAAGCUGAUGGCCUGUAUUUCGUUUUCAGUGCCCACCAUUGUAUAUUUGAUGGUUGGAGUCUGCCCCUUAUAUAUGGCACUCUCGGUGCGCUGUAUCGUGGGACAACUGCUCCAACGAUCCGACCAUAUGCUGAUUUUGUCAAAUAUACGAUGGGAUUGGAUCGAGACGCCGCAGUGAAGUAUUGGACUGCUCAGCUCCAGGGCGCGCAACAAGCCUCGUUUCCUCCUGCUGUAGAACUUACGCGGCAGUCAGACAUCAAAGCUACUCGUGUGUUAACUCACACCGUUCAGUUUGCCUCGCCAGCGAACCGUUCGAUCACAAAAGCGUCCGUUUUACGGGCUGCCUGGGCACUUGUACUUGGCCGGUACUGCGAUACUGAUGAUAUCUGUUUUGGCACGGUAUCAUCUGGGCGAAAUGCCGAUCUCCAAGAUUUAGAAUCCAUCCCCGGUUUGGUAGUGGCCACUGUCCCAGUUCGGAUGCGGAUUGAUCGUGAAAUGGCAGUUGGUUCAUUUCUUCAGAUGGUGCAAAGCCAUACAAAUGAUAUGAUUCCGUACGAGCAGCUUGGUCUACAGGAAAUAUUGAAGCUGAGCGAGGAGGCGAAACAAGCCUGCAACUUCACCAGUCUCUUGACGUUGCAACCAAUACAGGUAGAUGCCGCUGGUGGAUCCCUCCUGACUCCUGUCACCUCUGGGAGUGAGAUCUUCACAAAGACCUUGCAGAAUUAUUUCAGCUACCCACUUAUAGUGCAAUGUCAACUACACGAGCAAGGCGCGACAUUGGAGCUUAUCUAUGAUGCAAGCAUCUUACAAGAAUGGAGAAUUCAAGCAAUAUCUCUUCAUAUCGACAACGUAAUCCAGCAACUUUGUGAUCAAACCGAUAGACCAUUGAGUUCUAUUUCUGUUGCUGGCCCCUGGGAUGCCCAACAGGCUGCAGGGUGGAAUCCCCCUAUUGAGAGGGUGGGCUGCUGUGUUCAUGACUUGAUCUCUUCUCAAGCCAAGCAGGUACCAGGACAUGAAGCGCUUUUCUCCUCGGAAGAGUCUUUAACAUAUGCUGAACUUGACCGUUUAUCCGAUGCUUUGGCGACGCAUCUCCUGUCAUUUGGAGUAGGUUCAGAAGUCGUUGUUCCCUUCUGCAUAGAAAAAUCUGUCUGGGCCAUUGUCGCUAUGCUGGCAAUUAUGAAGGCCGGCGGGGUCUAUCUCCCUCUUGAUCCUUCGCAUCCAUUGAACCGAAGGAAAACGAUUGUUGCGGAAGUAGGUGCUAGCGUCGUAAUAGUAUCUCCAUCGACUUCUGCUACAUGCGACGGUCUAACGGAGCAGACGUUUGUUUUAUCGCAUUCAUCAAUAACUGAGCUCUCUACAUCGUUCAAGAAUGCUGUUAGGCCAACGAAUAGAUCCUCGCCGCGUAACGCCGCAUAUGUUUUAUACACCUCUGGAUCAACCGGAAAGCCCAAAGGCACUGUCAUUGAGCAUGUUGCUGUUUGUACUAGCAUCCAAGGAUUUGGAAAAGCGGCAAAUCUCAACAACACAUCUAGAUCUCUACAGUUUUCAGCCUUCACAUUUGAUAUAAGUGUAGCUGAAAUCCUGGGUACUCUUGUCUUUGGCGGCACAGUCUGUAUUCCCUCAGAGAAAGAGCGCUUGCAAGGUAUCCCCGAGUUCAUCAGACGGGCAAAGGUCAAUAUAGCCUUUCUUACGCCUUCGUUUCUCCGAACCAUGUCUCCGAGCGAAGUCCCUGAUCUUAAAGCCAUGAUGCUUGUCGGUGAGGCUGCUGCUCGCGAUACUUUGGAUGCAUGGUGCGGCCAUGUGCGUCUGCUGAAUUUGUAUGGACCCACGGAAAUUACUGUUUGUUGUACAGCCCAUGAGUAUAUCUUGAGUGAUAGUCCAACAAUGAUUGGUAGGCCAUACAAUAGCGCCUGUUGGAUAAUUGAACCAGGCAAUCCCGACAAAUUUGCGCCUAUUGGAUGUGUGGGCGAGCUUGUGAUCCAGGGAAAUACCGUUGGCCGCGGAUAUAUGAACGAGCCAGAGAAAACAAGCCAAGUUUUCGUUUCAAAGAUUGAGGGUGCUCCAUCUGAGCCAUCACGGUUUUAUUUGACUGGUGAUUUAGUGCGAUACUUGGCCGGUGGCGCGAUGGAGUAUUUUGGGCGCAAAGACAAGCAAGUCAAGCUUCGUGGGCAUCGUAUCGAACUUGGCGAGAUUGAGGCCACUAUCAAGCGGCUGAUGCCAGAAGUUGCUUACGCUGCCGCUGAAGUCCUUCGAAGGGACAUUGGAGAUUCUCUGAUCGCGUUUAUAUCUUAUAAAGAUAAUGAUGUACACCCAUCGGGAGACACUAUUAUUCCAUUGGAGCCAUCAAUGCGCGAACAGCUCACAGGUCUGAUUGGCAAACUGAGACACGAGCUGCCAGGCUAUAUGGUUCCUAGCUUGGUAAUCCCUCUUCGCGAGAUGCCAUUUAAUGCGGCGUUGAAACUAGAUCGUGGAAAACUCCUAGGGCUGAUUAAAGACUGGACAACAGAGCAACUUACGGCUUACUCUUUAUCAGAGAGGGAUAGAGUCGCGCCAACAACCGAGAUGGAAAUCAAGCUGCAACGCCUGUGGGCUCAAGUAUUGAAGAUUGAUGCAGAAACAAUAGGCAAAAACGACGCCUUCUUCCAAAUUGGCGGUGAUUCGUUAUCGGCGAUUCGACUUUCUUCUUUAGCGAACCAGCACGGCAUUAAGCUGCCUGUAGAUGCCAUAUUUGCCGACUCAAAGUUGUCGUCUCUGGCUAUUGUAGCUGAAACUGCUGGAGCUGUUGAAAGAGAAGCUGAAUUGGCACCAUUCAGCUUGCUUCCCUUUGAAAGAACCGACAUAAUCACGAAAGCUAUUAGACAACAAUGCAAGCUAUCAGAUGACCAAGCUAUUCAGGACAUUUACCCGUGCAGCGCACUUCAGGAAGGUCUAAUGGCUCUGACCGUGACCAAGCCAGGCUCUUACAUAGCGAAGAACGCUUACAAGCUGCCUGCUUACCUCGAUGUAGCAACGUUUAAGGCAGCAUGGGAGAAAACCAUUAGUCUAUGCGACAACCUGCGGACAAGAAUACUAAUUGUUGAAGAUGUUUGUGUCCAAAUCGUACUGGAUCAAGACGCCUCAUGGGAAGAAGCCUCCGCUAUUGAUGCCGAAUCAUAUGUCUUACGCUCACAGAAUGUGAGGAUGGAUUAUGGGUCGCGGCUCUCACAAUACAGCAUUCUCGAAACCAAAAAUGGUGAAACGUAUUUCUUCUGGACGAUUCAUCACGCAAUUUUUGACGGAUGGACCCUUAGCAUCAUCAUAAAUACACUGACUGCGCUUCUGAGACACGAAGCGCCGCCGACUCUGGUUUCUAUGCGGAAGUUUGUCAAAUACUUCAUGGACAUGGAUGUCAAGGCUGCCAAAAAGUAUUGGCUCAAUCAGCUACGAGACGCGCAGCCAGCUUCGUUCCCUCCUCGGACGUCAAGACGCCAAGCUACUGUUGAAGAAAAGAGAACCUGCGUUUUGACUAGUACUAUGAAGUUCUCCCCUUCGCGUAGUACCAUCACGAAAGCUACAGUUAUGAGAGCUGCCUGGGCUAUCAUUCUUGCUAAAUACUGUGACAGCGAUGACGUCUGCUUUGGAACAACUGUUUCAGGACGAACUGCCUCUAUCCCUGGGCUUGAAUCGAUGCCCGGAGUGACGAUUGCAACAGUGCCUGUCCGAAUUCGUCUGGGCUCUGAUAUAACAUUAAGUAACUACCUUGAGAGGGUUCAAAUCCAAGGAUCGGAAAUGGUAGCGUAUGAGCAAUUUGGUCUCUCAAACAUCACAAAGCUAAGCCCGCAGAUCAAAGAAGCCUGCGAUUUUUCAAGCUUGAUGGUUGUGCAGCCUGCUGGUGGCGAUGAUCCUAAUUCGAUUCUGCAGUCUUUGAACUCUAGCGAGAAGUUCACGGAGGAGACGCUACAAAACUAUUUUACUUACCCCUUAAUCCUUCACUGCUUCAUUGGAGAGGAGUCGGUGAAGCUCGUCUUCAUUUACGAUGCUACUCUGCUGGUGGAAUCUCAGAUACAAGCCCUCUCCUUCCAAUUUGAGAAUGUUAUUCAGCAACUGGUGACAUCCGAUGACCGAAAGCUUACGGACGUUAAUAUUGCUGGAAAUUCAGACUUCGAAUACGCCCUUGCUGUCAAUGGCCAGCCUCCCGACGUUGUAGAGGAAUGUAUUCAUACUCUUAUUGACCGAACUGCGGCGAAAUAUCCGGACCUGCCUGCUGUAUCGGCUUGGGAUGCUGAAUUUAUUUAUAAAGAACUCAUUGCCGCCGCCGAUAGGCUAGCAAGCUAUCUAGUUAACUCUCUCAGCGUCCAAGUCGGGGAUAUAAUACAUGUUUGCUUCGAAAAGUCGGCCUGGUACGUGGUGGCUACACUUGCAAUCAGCAAGGCUGGAGCAGCAUGGUCGCCUCUUGAUCCUGCCCACCCGCUUCAACGUCACAAACAAGUUGUCGCACAAACGGGAUCUUCACUUGCUUUGGCAUCACCAUCGAACGUAUCGAGAUGCGUUAGAUUGGUGGGAAAAGCCCUCGAAGUAUCGGCAAAAUUGGACGCCAAGCUGAUGAAAGAAGGCCAACAUGACAGUAACCUGAAUGUUAAGGUGACGCCUCGACACAUAGCCUACAUAUUAUUCACUUCCGGCUCCACAGGCAUCCCGAAAGGUGUUGUAAUCGAACAUGUGGCUCUAUCCAGCGGUCAAACGGCGGCCAGCAAAAGAGUCGGAUAUGGCCCGGGAGUGAGGAUGCUGCAAUUUGCUUCAUACGUGUUUGACGCCUCGGUAGGAGAGAUCAUCUCGCCUCUCCUAACAGGAGCCUGUGUGUGUAUACCGUCGUGGGAUACCCAAAUGAAUUGUCUGACUCAGUAUAUCUGCGAUGCGCAAGUGACCUGGGCCAUGUUGACACCUUCAUUUGCUCGUACAAUCCAGCCUGAUAGUGUGCCAUGUCUCCAGAUGCUGAUGCUGGUAGGUGAAGCAGUGGGACGCGACGUUUUCGAAUUGUGGUUUGGAAAGGUUCGUCUCAUGAAUGGAUGGGGCCCUACGGAAACUUGCGUCUUUGGAGCUAUCCACGAAUGGAAAGCCAGAGGGGAAUCACAAUUGACAAUUGGGCAAUCGCUUGGCGGAUUUUGCUGGAUUGUUGAUGCAAACGACCCCAAUAAGCUGGCUCCUAUCGGGACCUUGGGUGAAGUCAUCAUUCAAGGCCCAAACUUACUCCGCGAAUACCUGGCAGAUGAGAAAAAGACUGCUUCGUCAAUAAUGCAAGCUCCGGAAUGGGCCCCGUACCAGGAUUCCCCGUACUGGAGACGAUGCUACAAAACUGGAGAUCUGGCCAUGUACAACCCAGACGGCUCUAUCCAAUAUCACAGCCGUAAAGAUAUGCAAGUCAAGAUUCGUGGGCUUCGUAUCGAGCUAGCCGGCACACCUGUUCCCGAUGAUCUCAUCCAGCCUGUCACAGAUGACUUGAAGGAUCUUCUUUAUAAACUUCGUGAUCGUCUCAGCUCUGCAUUGCCGACGUAUAUGAUGCCAGCGCUAUUCAUACCUUGCAGCGCUAUGCCACUCGUUACCUCUGGAAAAAUGGAUCGAAAGAUGUUGCUUGGAUUGACGAAGCAACUUGAUCGACAGGAGUUGAAUCCGUAUACGCUGGAGGAUGGUGAAAGAGUCAAGGAAUUGCCACAGACAGACAUGGAACGCCGUCUUCAGCAGAUGUGGAGCGAAAUACUUCGCAUUUCGCCAGAAGAAAUUUGCCGUGAUACGAAUUUCCUCGGAAUUGGUGGUGAUUCUGUCGCUGCUAUUCGGCUCGUGUCUCACGCUCGAAACCAGGGCAUUUCUCUAACCGUGGGCGACAUCUUUGACGAUCCAAGAUUGCUCUCAGUGGCCCUUAAAGCUUAUUCCAUGGAAGAGGAUGUAGAAGAAACCAUUAUCCCCCCGUUCAGCUUACUGGAACGAGAACACUUGAGUCUCAUUCUAAAUGGUUCCACCAAAAGCCUUCUUAGGAUUUCUAGUGACAAGCAGAUUGAGGAUGCCUAUCCAUGUUCGAGAAUGCAAGAAGGCCUAAUGGCCCUAGCCAUGAAGCAGCCGGGCUCAUACAUUGCCAAAUUUAUUUAUCGCCUUUCUGAGAGUACCGAUAUUCCAAAGUUUAAAGAUGCCUGGGAGCGUACUGUCAAGGCUGUUGGUAGUCUAAGAACCCGUAUUGUCCAGUUGAGUGGCUUGUCUUUUCAGAUUGUCAUUAAUGAAGAUAUGCCGUGGGAUAAUACCAGCGGAAAGUCAUUGGAAACAUAUUUAUCCGAUCUCAAAAGCGCGCAGAUGAAAUAUGGUUCUCGCCUAAGCCAGUAUGCUGUUCUCACAGAAGAGGCUUCACAAAAGUCCUACUUCAUCCUGACAAUGCAUCAUGCCAUUUUUGAUGGCUGGUCUAUAAGGAAUAUUCUCAACAUGCUGCAAAACUUCUACCAUGGCCACAACGAUGUCAUAUCUCAACCUUACACUAGAUUCAUCCAGUAUACCUUGGAGCUCAAUCAUGAUGCGGCUGUUGAGUACUGGGAUUCACAGUUACAAGGAGGCAAACGUGCCUCAUUCCCACCUACAAAAGCAGUUUCAAACUCUAGCUCAGCGAAUGCUAGCAACACGCGUAUACUGAGCCGCAGAGUCGAAGUGCCCAGCAUCGCUAGCUCUGGUGUCACAAUGGCAACAGUCUUGAGGGCGACUUGGGCUCUUGUCCUAGCUCGUUAUUGCGAGACAGACGAUGUAUGUUUUGGAGCAACCAUUUCAGGAAGACAAGCUGCGGUGCAUGGCCUUGUGGAAAUGAUAGGACCAAUUAUUGCAACAGUACCAGUACGACUUCAUACUGACUCCAAACAAUCCAUUGCGACAUUUUUGCGCUACGUUCAGGACCAUGCUAGUGACAUGGUUCCCUAUGAGCAAUUUGGUACUCAAAACAUAGCAAAAAUUAGCAACGAUGCUAAAGAUGCCUGUGACUUUUCAAGUCUUCUAGUCGUCCAGCCCAUGCAGUCGUUGCUUGGAGACGGCAAUGAGAACAUCAUGGUGGCUUCUGAGGAAGGCAAACACGCAGAAACCUUUGAGAACUACUUCAGCUAUCCUUUAGUCAUCCAGGGCCACUUGUACGAGAAUGAAAUUGAGCUUGUACUUAUAUACAACUCGCAAGUAUUGAUGGAACAGCGACUCAUUGCAUUGUCGCACCAAUUUGAACAUGUGGCCCAACAACUCGCUUCUGAGACAGGUAUGACUAUCGGAGAUGUAUCUGUAGCCUCAGACUGGGAUAUCCAACAGGCAGCCAAGCUCAAUCACGAGAUGCCUGCUCUUGUUGACUCAUGUGUUCACACUCUUAUCGAGAAGCAAGCUAUUGUUCGCCCGAGUGCCCUUGCAAUCGAUGCGUGGGAUGGUCGUUUUACUUAUGCAGAAUACAACCAGUCUGCAAAUCGAUUGGCGUAUCAUUUGGUUAAUGAAUAUGGCGUCAAGGCGGGAGAAUUUAUCCAUGUCUGUUUCGAAAAGUCAGCUUGGCAUAUGAUAUCCAUUCUGGCAAUCAACAAGGCCGGAGCUUGCUGGGUGCCUCUUGAUCCUUCACAUCCUCCGCAACGGCUUGCCCAAAUCGUCUCGCAGACCAAGGCAACAAUUGCAUUGACGUCACCGAGUAAUAAAGCCAUAUGUGAGAGCCUGCUGCCUACCAUUAUUGAGGUUACCGCGUCCCUGGACAAGAUGCUGGCCAACACCUUCAAAGUCUUGGAUAAAAGGGGCCCCGAGACAAACGUAUCACCAAAAGAAGCUGUUUAUAUGUUAUUUACCAGCGGCUCAACAGGCACGCCAAAAGGAUUCGUGAUGCAACAUGGUGCCGUAUCUACCAGUCAAUCCGCCGUUGCAAAAAGACUGGGCAUGACAGCAGGAGUCAAGAUAUUGCAGUUUGCAUCCUAUGUCUUCGACCUAUCUAUCGGCGAAAUGAUCGCGCCUCUGAUUACAGGCGCCUGUGUUUGCAUACCUUCUGAACAUGCAAGAAUGAACGGACUGCCCGAAUAUAUUCGCGAGACAGGAAUAAAUUGGGCCUUCUUCACGCCAUCCUUCAUUCGCACUAUUAACCCCGCCGAUGUGUCCGGCCUGGAACUCGUCUUACUGGCCGGUGAAGCUGUUCCACGAGACGUCCUGAACACUUGGUUCGGAAAAGUCCGAUUAGUCAAUGGCUGGGGGCCUGCUGAGACAUGCGUUUUCAGUACUCUUCAUGAAUGGACUUCUAUCCACGAGUCGUCUUUAACCGUUGGCAAACCUGUCGGCGGUCUCUGUUGGAUUGUGGAUGCUGAAAACCCGUCAAAACUUGCUCCAAUUGGCGCUACCGGCGAGAUUCUUAUCCAAGGCCCGACGCUGCUGCGGGAGUAUCUUGCUGAUGCAGACCGAACAAACGCAACGAUACUGACGUCUCUCCCUGACUGGGCUCCUCACCAGCAUUUGUCACACUAUAGCCGCUUUUAUAAGUCAGGAGAUCUAGGCUUUUACAAUCCAGAUGGCACCAUUGAGUUUUCAGCUCGAAAGGAUACACAAAUCAAGAUCAGAGGCCUCCGCGUUGAGCUCAGCGAAAUUGAGCAUCAUCUUCAGAUUGCCCUUCCACAGGCACAGCAAAUUGCAGUCGACGUGUUCAGAACGGAGCAAGGAACGAAUUUAGUUGCUUAUUUCUGCAUGAGUAGCGAGACUAGAACAGGCAAUAAAGAUGGAGAUGAUGGGAUGUUCCUCUCCAUUGAUGAAGAGUUACAGACAUGCUUGACAGCUACAGUUGGUGAGCUGAAUGUCGCACUUCCACGGUAUAUGGUACCAACUCUCUUCAUACCUUGCAGCUAUAUGCCAGUCAUCACUUCUACUAAGCUUGAUCGCAAAAAGCUUCGUCAAGCAACCAGUAAGGUAUCUCAGGAGAAUCUUGCAUUAUACUCCCUUGUGCGAUCCAAAAAGCGCGCUCCUGAAACCCCCAUGGAAUCUCUGUUGCAAAAAAUAUGGGCAGAAAUUCUUAACAUUCCUAUGGAGUCGAUAGGUCGUGACGAUAGCUUCUUAUCGCUUGGUGGUGACUCAAUUGCCGUGAUUCACUUGGUUAAUACUGCUCGCGAUGACGGCAUUGUACUUCAAGCUAAGGAUAUCUUUAACGAUCCCCGUUUGCUGGCUGUAGCCGCGAGCGUAAAAGAGGUAGACGGCACAGAAGUGGACAUUUCUGAGAUAUUACCGUUUGAUCAAGUCGACAAAGCCACACAGAAAUGGGCAAUCGGGAAAUCUCUGGCAGCUCAACUUCAAUUAUCCGGUAAUCAAAUCGUUGAGGACGCCUAUCCAUGCACAAAACUACAGGAGGGUCUGAUGGCCCUUAGCUUGAUGUACCCAGGCUCAUACACUGCAAAAUAUGUCUACAAGCUCUCUGAAAGAGUGGACAUGGAUCGUUUUAGAAGCGCAUGGGAAGAAACUAUUGACCUUUGUGGCAUACUGCGGACACGCAUCGCGCUAUUUGACGGAAACUGUGUUCAAGUCGUGGUUAAGAAUGACCAGCUGUGGGAUGAUACCAGCAACAGCUUGAAGACUGCUGUAGAAAGGACAACAACGCUCCGAAUGUCUUAUGAUUCACAGCUAUCACAGUUUACGAUUACAAAAGAUGAUGACGGAAACAAUUACUUCCUGUGGACUAUUCACCAUGCGAUUCACGAUGGAUGGACGGUCCCACUUCUGUUACAAACAUUUUAUCAAGCUUAUCAAGAUCGUGAUCCUUUUAUUCCAGUGCCCUAUUCUAGAUUCAUCCGGCACUUGGCAGAUACCGAUGAAUCUGAAGCUCGUGCCUACUGGACAAAGGAGCUUGCGAAUGCCAAACACUCCAACUUUCCAGCGACAAGACCAGGUAGCAAGAUUUUACAUACCGGAACGACAAGCUCUAUUCUCAAUUUUCCCGCUUUAUCCAGCUCUAUGAUUACAAAAGCUACGAUUUUGCGCGCAGCUUGGGCAAUAGUUUUAGCAAAAUACUGCAGCUCUGACGAUGUCUGCUUUGGCGCUACGAUAUCUGGUCGCCAAGCCUCUGUCGAUGGGUUGCUUAACGUGGCUGGGCCAACAGUUGCUACUGUGCCUAUUCGGGUCCGCUUGGAGCGAAAGCAACAAGUAUUAGACUUCCUUCAAGUUAUUCAGCGCCAAGCGACUGAGAUGAUGCCUUUUGAACAGUAUGGCUUACAGAAUAUCUCCAGACUGAGCCCUGAAGCCAAGGUAGCUUGCGAUUUUUCCAGCCUGUUGUUGAUUCAGCCGAUGCAGCAGUUUACUGAAGAUAGCGAAAUGGCCAGCGUCAUGGCCAUUGCGGAUACUGGACUCGAUGCUCAAGAAACUCUGGUGCAGAACUACUACACCUAUCCGCUGGUCAUUCAAGGACAUAUCUAUAGCGAUCAUGUGGAAUUUGUGACGAUUUAUGACACCGAUGCCAUCUCUCAAUCUCAGAUAGAAGCUCUGAUACAUCAAUUUGACGGAGUUGUCGAGCAGCUAGUCUUGCGACAAAGACUAACGCUUGAUGAAAUAUCAGUUACCAGCUCUCAAGAUGUACAGCUUUCUCUGCAGCUUAAUGAUAAUAAGCCGGAAAUUAUAGACUGCUGUGUCCAUACACUCAUCUCUUGUCAAGCCAAAAUAUCACCAGACGCGCCUGCUAUUCACGCUUGGGAUGGCCAGCUCACAUAUGCUGGACUUGAAGAAGCUACUGACAGAUUAGCUUUACAUCUGAUUCAGAAAUUCAAUGUUUGCGUCGGAGAUAUUAUCCAUGUUUGUUUCGAAAAGUCCAUAUGGUAUGUCGUGGCCAUUCUCGCCAUCAACAAGGCCGGCGCCACAUGGGCACCGCUUGAUCCUGCACACCCUAUUCAGCGGUUACAUUCAGUCGCUAAGCAGACUGGUUCUAUGUUGACGCUGUCUUCUGCGUCUCACAUGAAGGUGUGCAGGCAGUUAACGAAAAGAGUGGUGGAGGUAAGCUCGGAGCUUGACAAAAUGCUCCAACAAGUCCCCGUCAGCAACCUGCCGCGCGUUGAUGUGACUGGAGAAGAUGCGGCAUAUGUUCUUUUUACCUCUGGAACAACUGGCAUUCCCAAGGGCAUUGUCAUGGAGCAUAAGGCUCUCUGUACGAGCCAAACAGACAUCAGCAAGCGACUUAAACUCACCAAAGACGUUAGAAUGCUUCAGUUCUCUUCGUUCGUUUUUGAUGUAUCUGUUGGUGAGAUCAUGGCGCCUCUUAUGCAUGGUGCUUGCGUCUGCAUUCCUUCAGACGACAUGCGAUUGAAUGGAGCUCUGAACGAGUUUGUCCGUUCGGCUGAGGUGACAUGGGCAUACUUGACUCCAUCCUUUACGCAAACACUGAAACCAGAAGAUUUCACUGGCUUGAAGCUGCUGCUCCUCGUUGGCGAAGCGUUCCCACAAGAGGUGCUGGAUCGAUGGUUCGGAAAGUUGCGGUUAAUCAAUGCCUGGGGUCCAGCCGAGACCUGUGUUUUCAGCUCCAUUCACGAAUGGAAAUCUUCAACGGAGCUGGUGUCGACUAUUGGUCGGCCAGUUGGCUCUUAUGUUUGGGUGGUUGACGCUGAUAACCCUCAGCGGAUAGCACCAGUUGGCUGUCAAGGCGAAAUUGUUGUCCAAGGGCCGGCUUUACUACGCGAAUAUCUCUCUGACUCCGAGAAAACUUCGACAACACUGCUGUCUAAUCUCCCAGAUUGGGCGCCAGACCACACGGCAAAAGACUGGAAUAGGUUUUACAAGACUGGCGAUCUGGGUUAUUUUGGCCAGGAUGGCAACCUUCAUUAUGUGGGUCGAAAAGAUUCGCAAGUCAAGAUCAGAGGUUUACGUGUUGAACUGGGCGAAAUUGAGCAUCAAGUUCGUAGUGCUCUAAGCUCUGCGCGCCAAGUCUCCGUUGACGUCUUCAAGAAUGAAACCGCCACUCAUCUUGUCGUAUAUCUUUGUUUUACGGAUGCUACCAAGACACCCAAUCAGAUGCUCAAUCAAAAUGACGACGGCCUCCUUAUGGCUAUUACCGACGAUUUGCGUAAGACGCUUGGCGAACUAGUAGAGGCUUUGAAUCUGGCCCUCCCUCGCCAUAUGAUCCCGACGCUCUUCGUUCCUCUGAAUUAUCUUCCUCUUAUAUCUUCUGCCAAAUUAGACAGAAACAAGCUUCGAAAAAUGAUUGGGGAUUUCUCUCAGCAACAGUGGAGUCAAUUUGCUCUUGCGGACGGCGCUCCAAAGAGUGGUCCUGAAACUUCGAUGGAGGCUCGUUUGCAAAAGCUUUGGGCUACUAUUUUACAGAUUCCAAUUGACACAAUUGGCAGAAACGAUAGCUUCUUGCGUAUCGGAGGCGACUCAAUCGGCGCCAUUCAGCUUGUCUCGCUGGCUCGGGAAGCUGGUAUCCAUCUUCAGAUCAAUCAGAUUUUUGAAAACUCGCGCCUCAGCCAUCUGGCAUCAGUCGCGCGUGAGGUUGAAGGAACCGAAAAUGGACUAGAAGAAAUUAUUCCACCCUUUGGCCUGUUAAGCCAAUCUAUGAAAGCCAGUGUUACAGACCCCAGCCGCCGCGGCGAAUACGGCCUAGAAGAGAUUGAUGUUAUUGAAGAUGCCUUCCCGUGCACGAAACUCCAAGAGGGUCUUAUGGCCAUUGCUGCGAAGCAACAAGGUUCUUAUCUAGCCAAGUAUCUAUUCAAGAUCCCGUCUCAUGUGGACAUUGAGCGAAUCAAAUCUGCUUGGGAACAAACUAUUGCUAGUUGUAGCAAUUUGCGCACAAAGAUAGUUCUCGUCGAUAACGUCCCAAUCCAAUUUCAGCUGAAGGCAAAUACGACAUGGACAACUGUCCACAGCACUCUUGAAGCAUAUAGAGCUUCUUGCAAGAAUAUCGAAGUUGGCUAUAAUACGGCACUCUGCAACUACUGCUUGUUUGAAGAUAAUGGCGAGCACUACUUUGCGCUCAACAUGCAUCACGCUAUCUUUGAUGGCUGGAGCCUUUCGCUCAUCUUUCAGACACUGUCCGCAGCCUACGAAGGAACAAAUCUACCCAAGCUAUUACCUUAUACAAAGUUUGUGAAGUAUGUCAAUGGAAUAAGCAAUGACGAUUCUGUCAACUAUUGGAAAGCUCAACUCAAUGAGGCGAAGCCGGCCAUGUUUCCUCUACAGCAAACGAAGCCAAAUACUAAACAAGCUACCGCGGUAUUAGAACAAAAAAUCCAUGUCCCGCGCAUGGAGAAUUCUACACUUACCAAGGCCACCAUAUUACGAGCGGCGUGGUCCAUCAUUCUUGCGCGGUAUAGUGACACAGAUGACAUCUGUUUCGGUUCUGUUGUCUCUGGCCGUAACGCAUCGGUCCCUGGCCUAGCGGCUAUACCAGGUCUCGUCACGGCCACAGUCCCAGUACGGGUCAAACUUGAUCGCAAUAAAUCUAUAACGCAGUUCUUGGAGGGUAUCCAGUCUCAGGCAUCAGAAAUGGUACCCUAUGAGCAAUUUGGAAUCCAGAACAUUGCCAAAAUCGACGAACACACCAAAGUAGCCUGCAGCUUUUCCAGCUUGAUGAUUGUGCAGCCAGCAAAGCAAAUGGGUCUGACAGCUGACGAAAAUGACACUCCUAUACUGGAGCGAGCUCCUGGGAGCGAAGAUCUAGAGCAUGCAAUGGAGAGCUUUUUCAAUUAUCCCUUGAUAGUUCAGUGCUAUCUCUUUGGUGAUGAGGUCGACUUGUUGCUCGUUUAUGACACCAACACUCUAGCUAAGCACCAACUAUCUGCUCUACUUAACCAGUUCGAACAUGUUGUGGAGCAGCUACUCACGCUGGAUGAGACGCCUUUAGAGGAGAUAUCUUUAUCGAGCUCAUGGGAUCUUGCACAAGCUAUUGGAUACAAUAAGCAAAACGUUGAGCUCGUCGAUGCAUGUAUCCAUGACUUGUUCUCUGUCCAAGUGCAACGCAACCCUAUGAAAGAAGCACUAUUUUCUUCCGAAAUGUCUAUGACGUACAGUGAUCUUGAUCGCUAUUCAACACUGCUGUCUAAUCAUCUUCGCCUCCUCAAGGCGGGUCCGGGAACAUUCAUUCCUUUUUGCUUUGAGAAAUCGGUAUGGGCAGUGGUUACAAUGCUUGCAAUAUUUAAAUCUGGUGCAGCUUUUGUUCCAUUAGACCCAUCUCACCCACGCGCUCGUCUGGAUACUUUGAUUCAGGAGACAGAAGCUGAGAUAAUGGUUGUUUCUUCAGCAUCUAUGUCAUCGUGCAACGACCUUGUCAAAAAUGUGGUAGAGAUGUCACCCUCAUUCAUCUCCGCGCUUGAAAGCACUGAAGCGGUAAAGCCAGACCUUGCCACUAUCAAACGAUCCACAAGCGACUCCGCCUACGUUAUUUUUACCUCAGGAUCAACAGGCAAGCCCAAGGGCGUUGUCAUCCAGCAUUUCGCUCUGAGCACAAGCAUGAAAGGCUUGGGCCGGACGGUUGGUGCAGAUUCAUCAACAAGAACCUUCCAGUUUGCUGGAUACAUAUUUGACGCUAUGCUGUACGAGAUAUUCGUCCCGUUAAUAAAUGGCGGCACAGUCUGCAUCCCUUCAAAUUCAGAAAGACUUCAAGAUGUCGCUGGCUUUAUUUCGAAAGCGAAGUGUAAUCAUAUGUUCCUUACGCCAUCCUUCGCAAGGACGAUCGAUCCAUCCUCCGUUCCUACUAUCAAAACACUGACAGUCGGCGGUGAACUUGUGACCAAAGACAUAUUCGAGGCUUGGUGUGGCGCGGUGCGGCUUUUUAAUGUUUAUGGGCCAACAGAGACCUGCGUUAUAGCGCUGGCUCAUGAGGUGCGGUCAAGUGACGUGUCUGGCAAGAUUAUAGGACAAGGCUUCAAUAGCGCCACUUGGAUUGUUGAUGCUGAUGAUCGCCGUCGACUUACUCCCAUUGGAUGUGUUGGUGAACUUGUCCUCCAAGGCCAUGUUCUGUCUUCUGGCUAUUACAAAGACGCCGACAAAACGAAAGCAUCUUUUUCAGAAGCUAUCGGCUGCCUAACGCCCUCACUUAUAGGCGGGCCCCAAAGAUUCUAUUUCACGGGAGACCUGGUCAGAUACACUCCUGAUGGGCUCAUAGAAUAUGUCGCAAGGAAAGAUUUGCAAGUUAAGCUUCGCGGUCAACGAAUUGAGCUUGGUGAGAUUGAGUAUCACUUGAAGCGAUCGCUUCCGAAUAUCGAUCACGUUGCUGUUGAUGUUCUUCAUCAUAAGUCGGGUGCUACUCUGACUGCCUUUAUUAGCUUUACGGAUGGACAUACUGGAGAUGAUAUCCUUUUGCCAUUUGAUGAUUCUGUACGCUCAUCAUUAGUAUCAGUUGGCACUUAUUUGAAGGCUCGCCUCCCGCCUUAUAUGAUGCCUAAGCUAAUCUUGCCUCUCAAACGUAUGCCUUUCGUCGCUUCAUUGAAAGUCGAUCGCAAGUUGCUCUUGAAUAUAGCGGCUAGCUUAUCAACUGAGCAAAUCGCUGGCUAUUCUCCACGAAGACAAGAAAGGGCAGAGCCAGCAACUGAAAUGGAGCGCAAGUUAUGUGAGCUGUCCGAGAUUGUUCUGAAGACUAGCGCCGGAGAGAUCGGUCGGCAUGAUAGGUUCCUGGAGAUUGGUGGUGACUCCAUCACUGCGAUCCAACUGGUGAAUCUAGCGCAGAAAGCUGGUAUCAGCCUGACAGUAGCAGACAUAUUUGCGGAUUCUGAGAUAUCGGUGCUAUCCGCAUUAGCCAGCGGCCAAGAGCUAAGCAAGGUCACUGAUCUUGAGCGAUUUGCCCUCUUAUCGACCGAGAAACUCGAUGCGUUGUUGACAGAGGUGUCUAAUCUGUGCGGCUUAACAGACAACAAGUUCGUUGAGGAUGCUUAUCCAUGUACCCAGCUUCAGCAAGGCAUCAUGGCAUUAUCUGUUAAACAGCUAGGAUCCUACGUGGCGAAGAAUACUUAUAAACUUCCGAAUCAUGUCGAUAUAGGCCGAUUCAAGGCAGCCUGGGAGAAGACCUUGGAGAUCUGCACCAACCUACGGACGAGAAUUAUACUUGUCAAUAAUACGGCCGUCCAAGUAAUCCUUCAAGAUUGCCACGAAUGGGAUACUACAGAUGGCAUUGACUUUCCCACGUAUUGUCAAUCGAUGUCUGAGAUAAAGAUGGGAUAUGGAUCCAGCCUCGUCCGAUACGCCUUGGUUCGACACGAUGGAAGUUAUUAUUUCUGUCUCACCAUGCAUCACAGUAUUUUUGAUGGCUGGUCAAUGAGCUGUAUCAUGGGCACACUGGAUGCUAUCUAUCGAGGAAACGAGCCUCCACCUCUAGCCCAAUAUGCCCGUUUUGUGAAGUAUACCAUGGACCUCCAACAUGAUACUACCAGCGCAUACUGGCUAGAACAACUCCAUGACGCCAAACGUGCUUCAUUCCCAGCCAGUAUCAGCGAGACUACUGCUGUAAGCGGAGUUACCCGCUAUGUUAGCAAGAAGAUAGACUUCUCCAAUUGUCCCAAAACUUCGGUCACCAAGGCGUCUGUCAUUAGAGCCGCGUGGGCUAUUAUCCUUGGACGCUAUUCUGAUGCCAAUGAUGUAUGCUUUGGCGCCAGUGUUUCUGGCCGUAAUGCAGCUCUCAUUGGCGCUGAUUCUAUGCCUGGAGUAAUGCUAGCGACAGUGCCGGUCCGUGUUCAGCUUGAUAGGGAUCAGGCAGUAUCAGAAUAUCUGCGCAACAUUCAAGCACAGAGCAAUAAUAUGACGGCAUAUGAGCAAUUCGGUCUUCAAAGAAUUUCUUCGCUAAGCGCGAAUGCCAAAGAGGCAUGCAAUUUUUCCAGUUUACUUGUGAUCCAACCCGCUGGAUUUUUCACAGAGGGAAGUAAAAGCUCGGAUGCAAUCCUAAUUGAUGAGAGUUCUGAGGAAGCAAUCGAGGAUAGAAUCCAAAAUUUCAUCAACUAUCCUCUUGUAGUCCAGGCGCUACUAUUCGACAAUAGGGUUGAGGUUGUACUCAUGUACAACACAGCUUGCGUAUCUAGGUCCCAGGCAGUGGCGCUCUCUGAGCAAUUCAACCAUGUUAUUCAACAGCUGCUUUCUCAGGGACAACAGUCGCUGGGUGAGAUUUCUGUUGCAGGGCCAUGGGAUCUACAGCAAGCAAUCCAGUGGAACUCAGCCGACCUUAGCCCAACUGAUGACUGCCUUCAUAACCUUGUCUCGAAACAAGCUCGACGCCGACCCAACCACGAGGCGAUUUACUCUACUGGAGGUUCUAUGACUUACGCGAAGCUCGAUCUUCUUUCUUCGCAACUGGCCGUUGUCUUGCGAAGAAAGGGGGUCAAACCAGAUGUAUUUGUGCCCAUAUGUCUUGAAAAAUCAGUCUGGGCUAUUGUUGCUAUGCUCGGCGUACUGAAAGCUGGCGGUGCCUUUGUUCCACUGGACCCAAGUCAUCCUGUCGCUCGUCGACAAGCAUUGGUCGACGCUAUUGGAGCUCAAAUUCUACUAGUAUCUCCAUCUAUUGCUCAUGAAUGUACGAACAUGACCAAAAACAUCAUUGAGCUGUCUUCAAAUCUUGAAUCAGAUUUGUCUAAGAUCCAAAACACCACAAUCACGAACAUAGCUAAGCCGACAAAUGCUGCAUAUUUGAUAUUCACAUCUGGCUCGACCGGUUUGCCUAAAGGAGUUGUCGUCGAACACCAGGGUAUCUGCACGUCUCUUAUUGGAGAGCAUAGGGCAUUCAAUACCAACGAGGACUCUCGCUGGUUCCAAUUCGCAAAUUACGUCUUUGACGCUUGCAUCACAGAGAUAUUCGCUGCUCUGACUGCGGGCGGUACUGUCUGUGUGCCCACUGAGACAGAACGAAUGCAGCAUACCGCGAAGUUUAUGACGGAUGCCCAGGUCAAUAUCGCUCUGUUGACGCCAACGGUCGUCAAGACAUUAGCGCCCGACUCAGUCCCGUCACUCAAGACACUUAUUCUUGGUGGUGAGGCUGCUUCAAAGGAUAUCUUGCAAACAUGGUACGGACGUUUGGACUUGCGUAAUGCGUAUGGUCCUGCCGAGGCUUGCAUUUCGUCGUCUGCGCAUAUUUAUACGUCCUUGACAGAUCUUAUCACCACUAUAGGCCGUGGAUUUGCCCACCAUUGCUGGAUUGUGGACUCUGAAAACGACCAAAAGCUUGCGCCAAUUGGCUGCGUAGGAGAGCUUUUGGUUCAAGGCCCUGCUUUGGCACGAGGUUAUUUUGCCGAUGAAGAAAGAACGAGACAGGCCUUCUUGGAAGAUGUGAAAUGGUUGCCCGCGGAACAUACGAAAUUCCGCAGAUUCUACAAAACAGGAGAUUUGGUGAGGUACAUUAAAGACGGAACGCUGGAAUAUCUCGGGAGGAAGGAUACACAAAUCAAGAUUCGCGGCCAGCGUAUCGAGGUUGGCGAGAUUGAAUACCAGGUCAAGAAAUUGGAAAAGAAGAUUGAACAUGUCGCAGUUGACAUUGUGAACAAAGACUCGCUGGCAGCAUUUGUUUGCUUCAAGGGUGAGACAAUUGACGGCGCAGCGAAAGAGAAUAUCAAGUUCCAGGCCAAAGAUGAUGAUACGGAAGGCUUAUUUUCUCAGCUUUGGGCAAAUAUGAGCCAUGUUUUACCUCAGCACAUGCUGCCAUCUUAUAUCAUUCCGGUUGCGCAAAUGCCUCACAAUAGUGCCGGCAAACUCAAUCGCAAACUGCUCUUGCAAGCAGUCGCCCAACUUCCUACGGGUGAACUCGCGCAGUACUUAUCUGGCCAACGAACAGUCUUCCGCGAUUGUACCAAUGAUAUGGAGAUCUGGAUUCGUUCCCAAUGGGCGUCCGUGUUAAACUUGCCUGCAGAAUCUAUUAGUGUGGACGACAACUUUUACCAAUUGGGUGGCGAUUCUAUUCGCAUCGUCACUCUUGCCAAGUCUAUUCUCAGUCAAUAUGGCACAGCCAAAUGGUGGCGCAAGAACGACGCAAAGAAGAUUGAAGUUUGGGUCGGUGACUUGGGAAAAUCGCAGUUUGGACUCGACGCAUCCCAGUGGGAGAGACUAUCGGGAACAUCCAAGACGCACAGUAACAUUGACGCCAUUGUUCACAACGGAGCUGUGGUUAAUUGGAAUGCGGAUUAUGACAAGCUGAAAGCGGCCAACGUCGACUCAACCUUUGAACUGUUCAACAUCACGGCCGCAUCUCCUGCGCAUCCAAGAUUUGUUUUUGUGUCUGGUGGUCUGAAAACAGAUAUUGAAGGCGAUCAAUCAGCCGUUGCCGCACAGCUUGAACAGCUAAACGGAUACGUGCAGACCAAGUUUGUUUGCGAAAAUAUUAUCCAGAAUGCUUUGAAGAGCCUCCCUGCCAAGCAAAAUCGGCUUUCCAUUGUCAAGCCCGGCCGCAUUAUUGGAUCGCAGGGUAACGGAGUUGCCAACGUGGAUGAUUUGAUUUGGCGAGUAGUUUCAGGAGCUGCUGCCAUCCACGCUUAUCCAGUUGAGCCUGCAGAAAACUGGAUGUACAUUGCAGAUGUUAGCAGCGUUGCGUCAACCGUGCUAAAUCAAGUCCUGGAAGAGGACCCCGUUCGCCCCUUUAUCCAUGUGACUGGGGGCAUGCCUACGCCGGUGUUUUGGGAACUGGUUAACGAGGCGCUGGAUAUAAAGUGCAAGCCUGUGCCGUGGGAAGAAUGGAAAGAGACUGCAUUAGCUGCUAUGAACGAAAUGGGAGACAAGCAUCCUCUAUGGCCAGUUCAGCACUUUUUGGGAGCUCUCGGCGCGCCAAGAUCGGCAAAGGAGUUGGCUACUGAGCCCUCGGAGCAUAAGCAGUGGCAUGCGGCGGUUAAGAAGAAUGUGCAGUACUUGACGAGCAUUGGGUUCAUUGCCUCGUCUGUGAGAAAGUUAGGAAACGUGAAGGAUGGUGCUAUUAAGCGAAUACAUUAA